CACCCCCACCAUCUUCUCUGCGGGUACCCACUGGUGCUCGUCGUCGUACCCAUCGUCCUCAUCGCUAUCCAUAACGAACUCACGCCCUCACAUUAACGUGUUCUUGCUACAAGUCACUACUACUAUGCCAUCUCUCCGUCGUACCUUGUCCUACCCCGAGGCCCGUGGUGCCCCUUACACGCAACCUGCGGAGCCGUCGUCAUCGUCCUCGGACACAGACGCGAACGAGACGCGUACCAAUGCUCCCAACUUACGUCGAUCAUCAGGCUCGGAUGCAAGCCACAGGCGCGUCCUCGCAGAGAUCGACUGGUGGAUCGUCCAAGACGGUCAAUGCAAGGACGCUGACGCGUCCACCCACGAGAACAACGCGACCGACACGGAUGCGGAAGUGCGUACCGGAAAUGACGAUGUGGCUGUAACGCCAGCGCUUGCGCAUGACGAUGCUGUGGCCGCCGCCACUGAGGCCUGGCGAUCACCUUCGCCGUCGGCUCCGAGCCCUAGUGCCGACGUCGCGUCCAUCACUCCCUUCUUCGCCGACCUAUCAUUGGAAAGCACUGACAGUGACUCUGAGGUGUUGUCUCCACUGCCACAGUUCGCUGAACUCUCUAUCUCGCCUCGAACACCCGAGCGCCACAGCAGAACGCCCUCAUCAGACUCCUCCGACUCUUCUGACUCUUCGCGGUCGAGUAGCCCAAUGCCGUCGCCAUUCACGCUUCACUCGAUGCCGGCGUUCGACACAACCUUCCCCACACUGAGCACGAAGUCUGAGAACGGCUUCCUGGACCUCGACUUCGGGUUCACGUCUGACCCGGAUGUCCCGUCCUCCACCGACUUCCAGACAAGUGACAUGGACGCGCCUUGCGUAGGCCACCGGCCAACGCUCGCUUCAAAAUCUGGUGACCAGGCACGUCCUGCUAGCUAUUCCUAUACCGAAACCGCGAAAUCCGAUGAAGAGUCGCGGCACUCGUGGGACGACCUCUGGUAUGAUGACACCGAUUCAUCAGAUUCGUGCUCACAAUCACCAUCGUACUUCUCGCUAUCGAGCACGGAUGUGGACGACCUCUUUUACUGA